AUGCUCCGGACCUCCACAAUACUUUUGGGUAUUGCUUGUGAUGCCCAACUUUCCUCUACUUUCUACGAUCAAUCUUGUCCUACUGCCCUCACUACUAUUAGAACUGUUAUUAGGCAAGCAGUUUCUCAAGAGCGUCGAAUGGCCGCCUCUCUCAUCCGCCUCCAUUUCCAUGACUGCUUCGUUCAAGGUUGUGAUGCAUCCAUAUUGCUCGAUGAUACACCCUCUAUGAUAGGCGAACAAAACGCAGCGCCUAAUAGAAACUCUGCAAGAGGAUAUGGAGUGAUACACAAAGCUAAGACUGAAGUUGAGAAGAUAUGUCCCGGUGUUGUAUCUUGUGCAGAUAUCCUUGCUGUGGCCGCAAGAGAUGCUUCUUUUUGUGUCGGUGGUCCAUCCUGGACGGUAAAGCUUGGGAGAAGAGAUUCUACUUCUGCAAGCAAAACUCUAGCCCAAAGCGAGCUUCCACACUUUGAAGAAAGCCUCGAUGGACUUGUCUCAAUUUUCUCUAUUGCAGGUUCUCACACCAUAGGACAAGCUCAAUGCUUUCUUUUCCGCAACAGGAUACAUAACCAAACUAUUAUUGACACGGGAUUUGCUACCACUCGUCGUAGAAAUUGCCCCACAUCUGGAGGGGACCAAAAAUUAGCACACUUGAUUUAGUCACA